AUGGAGAGAAGGCAGGUAGGCAUUGUGGGUGCAGGAAUAAGUGGUCUGCUUGCCUGCAAAUACAUGCUGCAGAAGGGCUUCCAUCCCAUAGUGUUGGAAGCCAAGAGCAGCAUUGGAGGAGUUUGGUCCAAAACCAUAGCCACCACUAAGCUCCAAACUCCCAAGGCCCUCUUUCAGUUCUCUGAUUUCCCAUGGCCUUCUUCUGUCCUCCAAGACUUCCCUCACAACCAGCUCGUCCUCCAAUACAUCACUGACUAUGCCAACCACUUUGAUCUGCUAAGGCACGUCAAGUUCAACACUAUUGUCCAAAGCCUUCACUACCAUGGCCCUCCUGAGCAUGAGAUGAAGGCUUGGCAUCUCUGGGGUGGCACUGGCCAGCCUUUCAGCUCCAAAGGAAAAUGGAAAGUUUCUGUCAAGAACACCCUCAAUGAUUCCAGCGAGGAAUACGUGGUGGAUUUUGUGAUUCUAUGCGUGGGAAGAUUCAGCGAUGUUCCGAAUAUUCCAGAGUUCCCUCCAAACAAAGGCCCAGAGGUGUUUGGAGGGAAAGUGAUGCACUCGCAGGACUAUUCCGCCAUGGACAACCAAACUGCUUCUCACUUUGUCAAAGGCAAGCACGUCACCGUCGUUGGAUUCCAGAAAUCUGCGUUAGAUAUCGCAAUGGAGUGCCAAGCGGUCAACGGGAAGAGGCAUCCGUGUAGGGUUUUAUACAGGAGUGAGCAUUGGAACAUUCCAGACUAUCAGCCAUGGGGAAUCCCUCUAGCCUUUCUCUACCUUACUCGUUUCUCAGAGCUUCUCGUUCACAAGCCUGGUGAAGGCCUCCUACUUAGUCUCAUUGCUACUAUUCUUUCGCCCCUGAGAUGGCUGUCCUCAAAAUUCGUUGAAACCCAUAUUACAAGGAAGCUUGGACUGCGUAAGUUUGGAAUGGUACCAGACCAUAGCUUCCAUCAAGCCAUAAACUCUUGCUUGAUCCCAUCCAUGCCUGACAAAUUCUAUGAAAAGGUUGAAGAGGGAAGUAUUCUUUUGAAGAAAGCUCCAAGCUUUGGCUUCUGCCAAGAGGGAAUUUUGGCUGAUGGAGAAGAAGACAAACCCCUCAAGACAGAUUUGGUGAUAUUAGCAACUGGUUUCAGAGGUGAUAAGAAGCUCAAAGAUAUCUUUGCUUCUCCCACUUUCCAAGACCUUAUUGACGGCUCUCCAAAUUCAACCGUUCCUCUCUAUAGAAAAUGCAUACAUCCGGAAAUACCACAAUUGGCAGUGAUUGGGUUCUCAGAAAGCGUUGCAAACUUGUAUACAUAUGAGAUGACAUGCCGGUGGCUGGCGGAGCUUCUGGAUGGGACGUUCCAAGUGCCAAGCAUUGGGGAAAUGAAGAAAGAUGUGAAGAAAUGGGAUGAUUAUAUGAAGCAAAACUCAGGGCAGUACCAUAGGAGGUCAUGUGUAGGUGCCUUACAUAUAUGGUAUAAUGACCAGCUCUGCAAGGACAUGGGUUGGAACCCUAGAAGAAAGAAGGGAUUCAUGGCUGAACUGUUUGAGCCUUAUGGUCCUUUGGAUUAUUCUUCCUGA